GGCUUGAUGUCAUUUUGGGGAAUGUUUCGGCAGGACUUGCUGGAAAACUUUUCGCGAGAGGGGCGGGGCUUCCUUUAGAUGCAUAAUGCCACUCCCGGCACCCCACCGGCUUGUGGUGGGCUACUCUGGCUCUCGUAUGGCAGCAACCACGCCGAUUUUCAAAUCACAUCGGCGGCGAACUGGACGUGGACGGCUUCCUCAGCGUGAGUUUUCUUAAACUGCUUUUCUUCUUCUUCUUCUUCGAACUCUCGGACCGCUCUCCAAACGACCGGGUUCCAAGUCUUCCUUGACUCGUCCAAUCCUUCAGAGCCAGCAUUAGAGCCGAGACUACAGUUUUUGGAGGUCGCACCGCGUCUUCCCGACGAGUAAGCGAGUGAAUAUGGCCGACGAAGACGGGGGCUUGUUCAGCAUCGCCAUCGAUGACUCGGAUGUGGAGGGCCUGGUCUCGGAGGCUGCGGCCAAGGCCAAGGAAAAGCCUAGGGACUGGCAGUCUGAGGAGGACUUCCAAGAGCUGAAGGCUACUUACAGGGCUAAUGUACAAAAUGGCGAAAUCUGGCAGACUAUUGAGCUGCCUCUGGCCGCCGACGGAAAGGCCGGCAAGCCGGUCCUGCAGGAGCUGCUGCACGCCGUGGAGGAGCUGUACUUUUACCGCAGGUUCGAGGAGGCGGCGGCUUUCGCGAGGCGAGUCCUAGACGGGAGCGACGCGGCGCUGGACCGGGACACGAGGGAGACGCUGACACGGUACGAGGAGAAGUCCCGGGGUCGGGCGGGCAAGUGAGAUACCCACAGUAUGAGAUGCAUCUAGAUAUGGCGAUUUAACAAAUGCCAUGUCAUGAUGAAAAGUUUGAUGGUCCAAGG